UCGACGACAUUUUGUUCCUUCUUCUCUCCCUGAAGCCCAUUUCAGCUCAAGGAUCAGUGCAAAUCCAUUAGCGGCUCUUCUCUUACUCGUUCUUUUCCAUACAUCUUCGAAUUCAUCGCCCUACGACACUACGCCUGCGCGCUCCCUCAUCCAUGGAGUCUCCAUCCCUCUCGCGCUCGUCGUCCUUCGCCCCGGGUCCCCACCGACGCUCCCACCCGAAUCUACACCACCUGUCCCUCGCACCACUUACACCAAAAUACCCGAUCGACCCAGCCGAUUACUCCGCAUACUUCGAUCCAUCGACCUCGGAACUACUAACUUCGACCUCCAUCUCUCAGAUAGCCAGCCUUCCAUCUCCCGGUGGCAUACUGACCUCCCACUCGGCCGUGCACUCGCGUGCGAGUUCCCGCAACCGCCUGCGCAAAAAGACGCGCAGCGCUGUCUCUGUUCAAGCACCCGCCUCUCACGCACACUUCCACUCCAGCCUCACGCCCUCCGGCGCCCUAACAAGCGAAGGCUUCGGUUAUAAGACCUCGAAAUCGGGACUGCACCUCCACGUGUCUGAUUCGUCCUGGUUGAUCCAAACGGGUCUCGCACUUACAGAAGGCUCCCGCGAGAGUAAAGGCCAAUCAUGGCUCAGCAAGCGCGACUCAUCUACAUCCUUGCACAGCCCGGCGGACGAGAGACUACAAGCGAGAUCGGGCCGCGCCACACCAAGCAUUUCGCGACGGAGCAGUCGCACUGGCAAGAGAAGCAGAAGAUCACUCGCAAUGACACCAGCUCUGCAAACGCCGGUGGACGAAGAAGCUGCACCGGAUUGGGCUGAUGCAAGAACACAAGCCGAGAUUGCUGCACAGGUGGAAAGCGAUCUGGCAGACGAGUUCGACGAUGAUCCGUACGGUGUGCUUGACUUUGAGGCGCAAUUCGACAGCGAGGACGAGGAGGAUGUACGCAGGGAGAUCUCAAAGUACAGGCUGGGACGAUGGAUGGAUGGAGUUGUGGAUGUAUUCCUCAGAUUGGAAGAUUUUCGAGAGUCUCAGACUUCUCAGGAACCAGAUUCGGAGGCUGGAAGGGCUGAAGUGUCUGUGGCUCCUAUUCCAGCAAAAGAUGUUGAGGCUGCGAGUGUGGCUUCUGAAACUUCUGUGGAGCCACCUCCUGAAAGACCCAACGGCAUCUGGGACGAUGUGUUCUGGUUUGGGCGGUUGAUAGGAAGGACAGUCAGAUCUUAGCAAGCCCUCGCGAGCCGCAAGGCUGUCGCCAGUGUUAUGUACAAUAUCCAGUCUUCUCCCGGUGUCUCAAAGAACCUAUCCCGUUUGCAUUUGUCGCUCAGUCCGACAAGUCGAUGACCUCUGGCUCAUG